AUGGCACCGUCGCUGAAGAGCCAUAGGACUGACAGGUCCAGACCUGCCAGUCUCUCUACACCUCAGCUCUCCAUCGACAUCCUUCUCUCGGCCCUCUCAAAGUCUAUAUUCCAUCCUUUCAUCGCCUGUCUACUCCCACUCUGCCUCCGCGCCCUCGCUGCACCCUACAACUCAACAUCCUUCAUUCUCACAUCUGCAUUCGCAGCAAUAGUCUGCUUGUACCAUGUUCUCAAGAUUGUAGACCACAGACUAGGGUACGGCACACCACGACAUGUCGACUGGUCGAGUGAGGUCGUCGUGAUCACAGGAGGUCUGGGCGGAUUAGGUGGAUGUAUCGCUGAGAUCUUUGGCCUCCGAGGCGUCAGCGUCGCCGUGUUGGACAUUGCUGUGCCCGAACAGGAGCAUAGAAAUGAGACGGAUGGCAUCAAGUUCUACCACUGCGAUAUCAGCAAAUCCUCAGAUAUUGAAAAAGUCUGGAAACAUAUAAGUGAAGAUCUGGGCACGCCGACUAUUCUGAUCAACAAUGCUGGUAUCAAUACCCAUGGCUCAAUAGCCAAAUUCACCACGGAGCAAGUCGAGAAGAUCUUCCAGGUCAACACGCUGUCUCAAUUCUGUACGACCAGGCUCUUCUUGCAGGGUAUCUCUUUUCGCGAGAAUGGGGGUUCUAUCGUCACCAUCGCCUCUAUACUGGGCCAUAUCUGUGCGGUGGGCGUAGCACCCUACGCGGCGUCAAAAGCAGCGCUGUCAGCAUAUCACACUUCUCUUUCUGCAGAGCUUCGGACUCGAGCGCCACAGAUCAAGACUAUUCUUGUCGCUCCUGGCCAACUGGAUACGGCUUUGUUCAAGGAUAUGAAAUUGCAGGGUCGAAUGCAAAAGUUCGUGGGACCAGUCGUUCCGGUGUCAGAACUGGCUGUGAAAAUUGUGCGUAUGAUCGAUGAUGGAGAGGCGGGAGAGAUCAGGGAACCUUUCUAUGCAAGGGCGUUCAUGGGAUUGCCGCUUCUGCCAAUGAGCGUGCAGAGGUUUCUGAGAUGGUGGGGCGAGGUCGACUCCGUGUUGAGCAGCCAAAUCGAGGAGGGAUAUGUCGGGGAUGGCCUUGACAAGUCGAGGGCGGCUAAACGAAAUGGGACCGAGGGUGUGUACUCAGACGAGGAGUUCUCAGAUGACGAGUCGGAUUGA